UCUGUGUUCAGGCGAAACUUCAUAUAAGAAGCUAGAAAUGACUGUUUUAUAACAAACCUUCAGAAAAAAAUAGGUGGCGGUAAUGCAGCGAUCGGCGUUUGACAUCAAGUAAAGUUACCACUAGAGCGAGUCGACGAAAACAGCAGGAUGAGGGCUCUGUCACUUUUGAAGAGGUACAUGUCAAACGUGCCAUGGGCCGUAUGGCAAAACGGAUAUCGCUGGAGCUCCUCCGUACAGAAACUGGAGUCAAACACAACCCUCCUGAAACAUCUUGCUUAUAAAAUCAAUGCCACCGGUCCUAUUUCAGUGGCUGAGUAUAUGAGGGAAGCCCUCACCAAUCCAGUUUCAGGCUAUUACACAAGGAAUGACAUGCUUGGACCAGACGGUGAUUUCAUUACGUCACCAGAGAUCAGUCAGAUUUUUGGUGAGCUGUUAGGUGUCUGGUGUGUCAGCGAGUGGAUGGCAGCUGGAAAACCCAGCGUGUUACAUUUAGUGGAACUUGGACCAGGCAGAGGCUCAUUGGCCGGUGACAUCCUGAGGGUGUUCAGACAAUUGAAAUCUGUCCUAGGUGAGGCUGAUGUGUCCCUUCACCUGGUUGAGGUCAGCCCAAAAUUAAGUCGAGUUCAGGCCGAGCGUCUCACCAGAGAUCAGCAGCAGGAGUAUGAUGCUAAGGAAGAGCUGGUUUACCGCAGUGGCACCACACACACGGGUCUACCUGUAUGCUGGUACCGCAGGAUUGAGGAUGUUCCGAAGGGUUUUAGUGUCUUCCUCGCUCAUGAGUUUUUUGAUGCUUUGCCUAUUUACAAGUUUCAGAGAACAGAAAAAGGCUGGCGAGAGGUCUUGGUUGAUGUUGAUCCUGAAAGUCCAGAUAAACUGAGAUUUGUGCUUUCUCACAGUCCCACGCUGGCCUCUGCCACAUUUGUACAGCUUGAUGAGAAAAGACAGCAUGUGGAGGUGUGUCCAGAGGGUGGAGUCACCAUUCAAAAUCUGGCCAACCGGAUUGCGGAGGACGGGGGCGCAGCCCUGAUCGCCGACUACGGACACGAUGGAAUAAAAACAGAUACAUUCAGAGGCUAUAAAGGGCAUCAGCUGCACAAUGUUUUGGAGGCACCAGGCAUGGCAGAUCUGACAGCAGAUGUGGAUUUCGGGUACUUGAGGAAGAUGGCAGGAGGUCAGGUGACCUGCUUGGGACCAAUCACACAACAAUCCUUCCUGAAGAACAUGGGCAUUGAUACACGCAUGCAGGUCCUCCUGAGGAGCUGUCAUGACAAGGACACCCAAGCACAGCUCAUUCACAGCUAUGACUUUCUGACCAACCCUAAGAAAAUGGGACACCGGUUUCAGUUCUUCUCUGUGCUGGGUCGAGGUCGGCUGGCUCAGAGUAAAGGGCAUCAGAAGGCUGGGACACCACCGCCCGUGGCGGGCUUUACUGAAUUGUGCCGGCAGUGAAUGAGCUGAAGAGCUAGAUGAGAGACUUGUUUUGUAUGAUAGAUGCAACCCUGUGCUGGAGUUGUGCAUUGGAUUGGAUGAGUGUUUCAUUCAGGUCAAGAACAUAUUGUCUGAUUGAAAUGUUUCCUGUAUUUAUUAAAGUAUCAAUUAGUGUAAACAUAGCAGAGUUUAUUUUUGCAGUCUGAAGUCUAAAUACAGUGUUGUGUCUGAAGCUUUCUUUGUAAUGUUUAUUUAGAACGUGUGUGCGUGCGCGGCGCGUGCGUGUGUGCAUGCGUGCGUGUGACAAAGUCAUCCAACAGCAAUGUGAAAGAGGUUAUUACAAAAAAAAUAUUUUUGCACUUUUCCUGAAUUCAUGUACAAAUAUGACUGUUGUAUUGCUUAAAAGUGAAUAUAAAUUUGUAUUCUUUGCAGUAUUUGAGGUCUGAAAAAAUACAGAGGAUAUUUUCCGUUAUUUUGACCUGUUCCUCAGAUUUUCAUUUUUUUUACAAAUAAAUGCAAAUAGAGUUUACUUGAAAUUUGGUAGAAAUAUUGUUUGUAGUUUACAGAAAGAAACAAAAAUAAUCUAAACCCUUUAGUACAUUUUAAAAUCAGAAAAACUUAUUUUGAAAUGGUGUCAUCUUUUCCCCCGGCUGUAUAUGCGCCUGGUUUAUUAUAAAAUAUAUCAUUGUAUAUUUCUCGCUACUACUAAUAAUAAUAUUCAUUGUUUAAUAUUAAUUUUAUAAUAAUAGUUAUUAUUAUGCAUACACAUUGUUAUA